AUGUUGAAGUACAUUCCCAAACGUCGUCAUUUUUCAUACAAAGGCAUGUUGGCCAGAACCCAAUUGGCAGUGAUUGACCACAAUUCCAACACUGGAAGGAAGCAAGCAACAGUUACAAAGGGAAGCAAGAAAGGGGAAAAGAGGUACAAGGUAAUUUUCCCGAAAGGCAGAAAGAGAUGGGUUGCAAAACCAGUUAAGGCCAGUAAGUCCUUUUCCUUUAUCCAAAACUUGAUGGAAGAUGUUUUUUCCUUCAAGUAUGACAAGAAAAAACCCUAUACUUCAACGAUGCUUGCCAAUACUCCAAAGAACAUUGCACCCACACCAAGGCCAUGCAAAGAAGAGAUUAUAACAGCACACAGAUCACGAAUGGGAAAGAAACCAUAA